AUGAAGGGGCUGAAGAAAGCUAUGAACUUGUCCCGGACCAAAUCCGGCGAGAAACAAUCCAAAUCACCUCAACCGUCCACUAGCGGUAAACCUCAACCUCCUGUACCUAUCAACUCUCACUCGCCCGGUCCAUCUUCUCCAUCUCUACAAUCUCCCGCUAGAACUGGACCCGCUGGCGGAAAUACAAAUACGUAUGGAGGUGAACAACAAAACAUGUUACAAGGUGGAGGAGCACCUUUGACACCUCGAAGAUCACCUGUAUCAGAUAAAACUUCUCCCGCACCUCCCCUAGUAGUCAUAUCAGGUGCACCUCAACAACCACCCGUCAACACUGAAAUGCCACCUGAUCCAAUUCCCCAUUCACCCCAUGGUAGAGGAUUCGGCUCACCAGAGAGGUCACUCGGUCCAGAUGGUCAACCGACACCUCCCAAAGCCGGGCCGCUGAAUAGGCUGAGAGGUGGUCCAAAAGACACUAUCCCUAUCUCGGGUAAAACACCCAGAAAACAAAGAAGUAGUAGAUUCUAUGUGACGGAGAAGGUGGAUAUUGAGAAAUUACCAAACUUUUCAGAUGUUCGCCCAGAGGAGAGAAACGAACUGUUCGUGCAGAAACUACAACAAUGUCGUGUCGUUUUCGACUUCAACGAUGCGAGUAGCGAACUGAAGGGGAAGCAAGUCAAGGCUCAGACUUUACAUGAGAUGUUGGAAUAUAUUACGACAAGUAGGGGGGUCAUCACUGAGCAGAUCUACCCCGAGGUGAUUGGUAUGUUCGCCACCAAUCUCUUCCGUUCGAUUCCACCUCAAGUUAACCCCACUGGCGAUGCGUUCGAUCCAGAAGAAGAUGAACCUGUCCUCGAACUCGCUUGGCCACACUUACAGAUUGUUUAUGAGUUCUUCCUGCGAUUCGUCGAAAGUCCAGAUUUCAAUACCAAUGUCGGUAAGAAGUACAUCGACCAAUCAUUCGUUCUGGCUUUGUUGGAAUUGUUCGAUUCUGAAGAUCCUCGUGAGAGGGAUUUCCUCAAAACUACUUUGCAUAGGAUCUAUGGCAAGUUCCUCAACCUGCGAGCAUUCAUAAGACGAUCGAUCUCUCAUGUCUUCUUCCAAUUCGUCUAUGAAACCGAGAGACACAAUGGAAUUGCGGAAUUAUUAGAAAUCUUAGGAUCGAUCAUUAAUGGAUUUGCCCUACCUUUGAAAGAAGAACAUAAAACUUUCUUAACUAGAGCUCUGAUACCUCUUCAUAAAGCCAAAUCACUCGCCCUCUACCAUCCUCAAUUGGCUUAUUGUGUGGUACAGUUCUUAGAGAAAGACUCGACAUUGACUGAAGAAGUGAUUUUGGGCCUAUUGAGAUACUGGCCAAAAGUGAAUUCACCAAAGGAAGUAAUGUUCUUGAAUGAGGUGGAAGAAAUUUUAGAUGUGAUUGAACAAACUGAAUUUACGAAAGUAAUGCAACCACUCUUCCAUCAAUUGGCAAGAUGUAUCAAUUCACCUCAUUUCCAGGUCGCCGAAAGAGCUUUGUAUUACUGGAAUAACGAAUACAUAGUGAACCUGAUGGGCGAACAUAUAACGAUCAUCUUACCUAUAGUCUUCCCUGCUUUGUACCAAAAUUCAAGAUCCCAUUGGAACAGGACUAUCCACGGAAUGGUCUAUAAUGCUUUGAAGUUGUUCAUGGAGAUCAACAACGAGGUGUUUGAGGAGGUGCAAAGUAAUUAUAAAGCUCAGAGAAAGGCUGACGCAGAAAGAGCCAUCGAGCGAUAUGACGAAUGGGUCAGACUACGUGAACAAGCGAUCGAAAACCAUCGAGCAUCGGGAUCAACCCAACCUCUCCCUGCAUCUUUGACCGAACCGUUACCUCCUCGUCCUGACCCAUAUGAGGACGAACCCAUGACGGACGUAUCGGUUGAUAUGACUGCCAACGGCUUUGAUCCAUCUGAGAGUUUCACGCUGGACAGAUCGAUCGGUGAGGAACAUGUGCCAUUGGCUGAUCCAGGUGUAGAUCGUGCACCUAUGAGUCCCACAUCACCCUUGGGAUUGGGUAUACAAGGUCAACAGGCGCAAGGUGGUCCACUCAGCCCAUCACCGCUUGCUAAUACCGGAUUGGGCGGUGGUGGAGGUGCGGGCGCAGCUGGAGCAAAUCAACCGCAUAUAAGAAGGAAAUCGGUGUUACCUAUGGAUCCAGGAGUGAUGAGGGAUUUACAGGCACAUAAAUCACUUGAAGGUCAGCAAUAA